GGACGGCCUACAACAUUAGACAACGUUUUAACCGACUUCAUUUGCGAGCCACCAUUGCCAAGAUUUGGGAUAAGCAAACAUUUUCUACAAUUUGCAUACACGCAGCAUUUGUUUUCUAUCAUCUGACCAGACUAUUACUACCCAAUCCUUCAACAGUUUGCCAACUCAAACUAAGUUACAAUGGAUGCUGGGCCACCCAGACGAAGAAAGCCAGUCGGUGGUACUGGCAAAGGCAAGGCCAAACAAGGCAGUACAGAAUGGGCCAGAAAGCGAACAAGAAAUAUUGAACGUCUUAUGAAACGAAGCACGGACAUGCCUGCCAAUGUUCGCAAUGAGAUGGAGAGAGAACUGGCAGCCCAUCGCCAGACUAUCGGCGACAAGGCUUUCCAAAGAAAACGAAGUGCAAUGAUUUCAAAAUACCAUAUGGUUCGCUUCUUUGAACGAAAGAAGGCUGCCCGUCUAGCGAAGCAGCUCCAAAGACAAAUCGAUGCCGAGGAGGACGAGCAGAAGAAAGCCGCACUUCAAAAAGAGCUCCAUAUUGCUGAAGUAGACGAAGCAUAUACGAUAAAUUACCCACACAUUGAGGCAUACAUUAGCUUGUAUGGUGGAAAAAAGAAGGACGACGACGACGCCGAGAAGACACCUGCAGCUAAGAUUGCACUGUCUGCAGACCGCCCUGAGAUGUGGUACACAAUAGAAAAGGCAAUGACAAAGGGACACGAAGCCCUUCGUCAGAUUCGAGAAAAGCGCGGAGAAAAUGAUGUACCGGAGGACCGUAGCGCACCUCAUCCCUCACGAGCAGCCCUUAUUAGCAACCCACAACAUGACUGGAAGACUUCUGGUAGAGCCAAGGAAGGCGAACAACCGGAGUUUAACAGAAGGGAAAGGAGAAAGCGUAUGCGUGAGGCAAUUGCGGCGGGAGCCAAAGGACCGGAUGAUAAUGAGAACAACGGCGCUGGAUUCUUUGAUCUCUAAGAUCGAAGUUCAGCUUUUAUCUGUAUAUAUGUAUGUAUGUCCAAAAACACAACUGUUGCAUUUGAUGUC